AUGGCUCCCGGGAGUAUGGCUUCCAGCGACACCUCGACCUCUUUGGCCUCUUCAACCUCCAUGUCUAGGUGGUCUGGGACUGAAAAGCCAGGCCCAAGCCAUAGUGGCAUCCAAGCACCACGCCGUCACCCACCCAUGCUGCGCAUGGUGCUGGAGGCACUGCAGGCGGGAGAGCAGCGCCGGGGCACCUCAGUGGUCGCCAUCAAGGUGUACAUCCUGCGAAAGUACCCUACGGUAGAUGCCAUCCGGCUCAAGUACCUGCUGAAGCGGGCCCUGGACACUGGCAUGCAACGUGGCCUCCUCGUCAGGCCCACCAACUCCAAGGCCAGGGGGGCCACUGGAAGCUUCAAAUUAGUUCCCAAGCACACCAAAAAAAUCCAGCCCAGAAAGACAACCACCAUGACUGCCCCCAGGAGACCCGGCGAAGCCAAGGAGGAGGCCCCCAAGAAAGGUGGCCAGACCAAGGACAGAGAGACAAGAGUAGACAAGGCCAGGAAGGCCCCCCAACUGCCAGACAAGGCCACAAAUGCCCCUCCUGGUGCCAGUGAGCUCCAUGGGAAGUCAAAGGUCAAAGGCAGAAGAAAUAGCCCAGCAGAUGCCAAGGCCCACAGGAAAACCAAAGCUGGGAGUCAGAGUUCAAAACCCACAGUCACCAAGGGCGAGAAUGGUGAUGCUUCCCUGGCCAAAAAGAAGAUGGGGAACAAGGUCCCUAAAGAGGCUGCCGCCCAGGGGGCUGGGGAAGGGCUAAAAGCCAAAGCUGCUGCUCCUCCUAAGGGCAGUGGGUCCAAGACGGCGCCAGCACCACUGGCCAGGAAGACAGAGGUCCCCAAGGGCCCGAGGAGGCCCAGCAUGCCCACCAAGACCUCUUCCUCCAAAGGGGCCAGUAAGAAGGCAGAAGUCAAGAGCUAG